UGAGAUCAGCAAGCAUGGCAGAAUCAGAAUCUCUCGUUCUAGAACUUCGUUGCAACCAAAAAAAAAUAAAAAUUGAAGUGUUCAGCCGCGGCAGCUGAGGAAGAAAACAUGAGUUCCAGCUCUAGAGACUCCUUUUCCUCUCUUACUCCUCCUUCUCCUCCACUAGACUGGAAGUUCUCUCAAGUCUUCGGUGAAACAACUCCCGGUGAAGACCUUCAAGAUGUUGAUGUUGUAUCUUCCAUUGGAUUCGAGAAGAGCGGUGAUUACCUAGCUGUUGGAGAUCGGGGUGGUCGUGUUGUAAUUUUCCAAGCAAAACAUGGCAAACAUACUCCGAAUUCAUUCCUUAACCGAAACGAGCUGGAGCGGUUGGAUUGCGCCUUUACAACACAUCCUGAAUAUCAGUACAAGACAGAGUUUCAGAGCCAUGAACCCGAGUUUGAUUACUUGAAGAGUAUGGAGAUCGAGGAGAAGAUUAAUAGAGUAAAAUGGUGUUCCACUUCCAAUGGAUCACUGUUUAUCCUUUCAACCAAUGAUAAGACAAUUAAAUUAUGGAAGGUUAGCGAAAAAAAGUUGAAAAAGGUAAGAGAAAUGGAGCAUCAUUCAGUUGUGUGCUCAGAAAAUGAUCUUUUGGGUGAAGGAAGUUUCAUGAGUGAGCUAGACAAACCACCUACCACUAAUGGUUAUAAUCUCGACUGGGCAGAGAAGAUAGCUAAGGACACUUUGUCAUCUCAAGAAGUGCAAACCAAGAUCACUCAUACUGAAGAAGCCACUCGUGCAAAUUGUCGGAAGGUGUAUGCUCAUGCUCAUGAUUUUAAUAUCAACUCGAUCUCAAAUAAUAGUGAUGGUGAGACAUUUAUUUCCUCAGACGACCUUCGCAUAAACUUAUGGAACCUUGAGAUCAGUGACCAGUGUUUCAAUAUCAUUGACAUGAAACCAUCAAACAUGGAGGAUCUAACCGAGGUCAUUACAGUGGCUGAAUUCCACCCAAUUCAUUGUAAUCUGCUAGCAUACAGCAGCUCAAGAGGAUUUACUCGUCUAGUUGACAUGCGUCAGUCAGCAAUAUGUGAUCAUAGUGCAAGAAUAUUACAAGAUGCAGAAUGUCGUGGGUCAAAAUCAUUCUUUACAGAGCUCAUUGCAUCUAUCUCUGACAUGAAGUUCACUUACGAUGGGCAGCACAUCUUAACUCGCGAUUACAUGAAUUUAAAGCUGUGGGAUAUGCGUAUGGAUUCGUCACCAGUUGCUGUAUUCAAGAUCCAUGAGCACCUGCGCCCUAAGUUAAGUGAUUUAUAUAAUGAUGACUCCAUAUUCGAUAAAUUUGAGUGCUGCAUCAGUGGAGAUGGACUACAUUUUGCAACUGGAUCUUACAGCAAUAAUUUACGUAUAUUUUCACAUGGUGUUGGAAAUGAAGAAGGGAUUACAAUAGAAGCUAGCAAAAAUCCAAACAGGAGAUCAAUACUCCAUUCUACUUCAAGGCCAAGGAGAUCAUCCUUAAGCAACAUGGCACGUGGAUUUUACCGGCAAGGACAUGAAAAUUACCGCUCAGGCAGCAAUGAAUUUUCCUGCAACUUAAGCUCCAAGCUGCUUCAUCUGGCAUGGCAUCCAACAACAAACUUCAUUGCCUGUGCUUCAGGAAAUAGCUUGCUCAUGUAUCAUGCCUAGUGUAUAUUCGCUCUUCAAAAGAAUCAUAAGGCCACAGAUUUUGCCUGCUGCUGUCCAUGCAAUUGUAAAGGAAAAAGAUUUCAAGAAUGUGCACAAACUUCUCAUCAUGGAUAAAGAACCCAGACAAAGCUGGAAAUCAAAUGGCUUGACUACAACUCUCCAUGUGAACUAGAAAAGUUCCCACUCUCAUCUAAGGUAGUGCUUUAGUCUUUAGAUGGAAACUUCUACUUGUCAAAUAUUAGGCUUCACUCGUUGCCCAUUGUAUGUAUUAUGUGCCAUAAUAUCGAAGACUGCUGCUCCUUUUUUUUUUCUUACCUUGAAAAGUAGAUUGUGGCAACUGAUAUGUGCAUGGUGAAUUUUGGAGAACAUGUUAA